AUGUCCUCCUUGAAAGAAUACUUUCGGAAUUUAAAUUUAUUUUCACCAUCAUCAGAUUCCAAUGAACAAGAAAAUGAACAACAACGUCGAUGGAAUACUAUUGGUACACGAAUUUAUAUUAUACUUAUCAUAUUCAUUCUUUUUAUUAUUGGUCUUAUUUUAUUAUUACUUGAACAAUCGACGAUGGUUACUAUAUCAAAUCCAACAAAAGAACAGUUUGAACGUCUGCCUACCAAUGCAAAAUGUUUAUGUUCUCAUAUUUCUAUUCCAUAUGGAAAAUUUAUGUCAUUGGAAACAAGUUUUCAUCAAGUUUGUUCAAGUGAUUUUAUUACUGAUCGAUGGCUAAAUACAAUUGAUUCGAAAACAAAUACAACUUACUUUACCUUUCAAGACUUUCGACGUUUUGGUAAUGCUCAAUUUCAAGCACUUGCUGCUUACUGUCGUUUGUCAAAAUCAUAUACUAAUCAAAGUAUUUAUGCCAUUUUUCAAAAUACAUUGUUGAGUCCGCAAAUUUUAACAGAAACAUUUCUGGAGUCACAAAUCAAUACAACAAUUGAACAAUUCAAACUAAAAACACCAAAUACUUUUAAUAGUCAACUAAAAUUAAUCAUCGAAAUGACAAUCGCCAAUGAAUUAAUACCUGCAGUACAAACUACCACCUUUUUCCUAAAGAUAGGCGAGGGACUUGGUCUACAUACACGUUCUUACCGACGAACGAAUGGUUCUGAGUGUGAGUGCCCACUAAACAAUUGUAAUCAAAGAGGAUCAGGUAUUGUCAAUAAAUUUGGAAGACAGGUAGUGUUUCAGACCAUGGAUAGUUUAGCAUGGUCUAUACCAGGAAUGUCAAUAGGUUGUUUCCCAGGAUUUACACUUCUAUCGUCGACACUUGAAUGUUUAUACAAUCAAACAUGUGUAAAAAAACUUAUUUCAUAUUUUCCAACAAGUAAAGAAUUCAAAGCGAUGAUUAUAAAUAAUGAAAGUUUAUAUGAACCAACAUCAACUGUCCAAUCAAUAAUUGAUAAUUUGAUGAUUGAAAAUUGGACAAUGAAUAUUUCUUAUGAUAAAUAUUAUUCAGAAUGUGCACCAUCUUCAUGUACUUAUUUGAAAAUAUCUCGACGGGAUUUUGUUCAUGUCUUGAAAAAACUGAUUAGUUUAUUGUCUAGUUUGACAUUAAUACUGAGAUUAAUAAUUCCGCUUGUCAUUGGAUUCAUUAUGAAACGACGAGAUCGAACACCAAAACCACGAAUUUCAUUUAAAAAUCGUUUAUAUCAAUAUAAAGAAAAUAUGAAAAAGAAAUUAAUUGAAUUGAACAUUUUCAAACAUUCUUCUAAUACAAAUCGACAAACGAAAUUUCAACGUUAUGCAACACGAUUGUAUUUAUUUUUUCUCAUUAGUUCAAUGAUAAUUAUAACUAUUUAUGUAUUUUUACAAGAAUCGGUUCAGUCAAAAACGAUUUCUUAUCCUACUGAAUCUCAGUUUAUUCAACUUCAACAAAAAUAUUCUCGAUCACUUUCAUGUCCAUGUAGUUCAAUAUCAAUAUCUUAUUCAAAUUUUACAAUAAUUCAACCACAAUAUCAUCAAUUAUGUCGAAGUGUUCUCAUUUCUGAAAGUUGGAUUCGUUACAUCACGGAAAGUAUCGAUAGUAGUGGUACAUUUCAUUAUGAUUAUCGACUAAUUUCUAUUAGUUAUUUUCAAUUAUUAUCAAUAUUUUGUGAACAAGCUAAAGAAAUCAUUGAUAAUGCACUUGAGAUUUUUCUCAGGACAGAAUUCGUUAGUUCACAAGCUCUUACAAACGAAUCGUUUCAAAAUCAAAUAGAUUCAUCGAUUGAAGAUUGGGAAUUAACAACAACAAAUAAUUUUAAAAGAACUAUUCAAUUAAUUCAACAAAUUUAUCAAGGAAAUCAAUUGAUUAGUAGUAUACAUACUGGCACUUUUGAAGUAGAUAGAAAUUCAGAAGUAUAUAUAAACUCAGAAACAGAGCAAGGGUGUAAUUGUAUUUUAUCUUCAUCCUGUAAUUCUACUGCUACAAUUUAUCAACUCGAUAACUAUGGUGAAUAUCUAAGUGAUCCAUAUCCAGUCUCGAAUAUUUUUUAUGGUUGUUAUCCAACUCAAUCAUUAUUGCUAUCAACAUUAGAAUGUUUUUAUAAUCUAUCAUGUAUGUUAGAAAUUAAUAAACAUUUAGGUUCUUCAGUACCUUUCAAUUUUUCUGCUCUUGAUCAAAAUUUAAAUCAACCAAAUGAAACAAUCGAAAUGAUUCUCAAUCGAUUAAUGGUUGAUAAAUGGUUACCAAAUGUUAAUUUUUCAUCAUAUUAUGAAAAAUGUUUACCAAAAUCAUGUACAUAUCAAUAUGAUGAUCGAAAUAAUAUUUUUAUUAGUAUUACAACUAUUAUAAGUAUUUUUGGUGGUUUAUCACUUGCAUCGAAACUUUUAAUUAUGAUUAGUCUGGAAUUUAUUAAUAAAAUUUUAUCAAAUAAUUUCUUUCAUUUAAUUUCAUUCAAUUUCAUUAAACAAAUCUUUAUUUGUCAUACUGAAAAUCAAAUUAUUCAUCGAUUACAUGUGAUUUUAGUUAUUGGAAUUCUUACUAUAUUUUAUAUAUUUUCUACUUUUACUCCUCAUGUAAUUACUAUUCAAACGAAUAAACCUUCAUUAGAAAUCUAUGAAGAUCUACAUAAAAAAUAUAAUGAUACACUGGAAUGUCCAUGUUCGCAAUUAUCAAUGAAAUAUAAAUCAUUUUUAACUUUUACAACUCGUUUUCAUGAAAUAUGUUCAAGUAACUUUAUUACAGAUCGGUGGCUUUUAUAUUUAUAUAAGAAAAGAGAUAGUAAUAAACGACAUUCACCAUAUGAUUUUUAUAAUUCAGCUGUUGGACAAUUUAAAUUACUUUCCUCAUUUUGUAAUUUAUCAAACGAAACAGUUUCUGAAUCAAUUAUUCAAUUAGGAACAGCGAAUUUUAUUAAUAAUCAACUUUUAUCAUCAUAUCUCUUAAAUAAUACAAUUGAAAUGUUUAUUAAUGAAUUUAAACAAACAAUAUCACAAUCAUUUGUCAAUAGUAUUUCAUUAAUUCGAGAAACAACUAGUAGUAAUAUGUUAAUGACUAAAUAUCUAAGUAAUUGGGAGUUAGACGGUUCAGAUCCUGACUUUGCUUACAUGGUUAUUUAUAUGUUUCCCUUAAAUUAUAAUGGAUGUAGUUGUUCAUCAUCAUCUAAAUGCGUUAGUUCAUCUCGUGGAAUGUUAACUGGUUGUUAUCCACUUGAAACAAUAUUUCAAACAACAUUAGACUGUUUUUAUAAUCAACAAUGUAUUGAUUCAACAAAUAAUUUCAAAUCAAUAAAUAUUUCAUCAUUAGAAAGAAGUCGUUUUUUAUUAAAUCAAACAAUUGAAUCAGUUGUCAAUAAAUCAAUGAUUGAAGAAUUAAAAUCUGAAAUAAAUUAUACAAAUUAUUUUGAUGCAUGUUCACCAUCAUUAUGUAUUUAUUCAUAUGUUGAUAAAAGGAAUGCUAUUGAAGGAAUAUUAGCAUUAAUUGGUUUAUAUGGUGGUUUAGUUAUUAUUUGUCGAUUAAUUGCUAUUAUUAUUGUCAAAAAAAUGUGUCGGGUAAAUAGUAGAGUUAAUACGGCUACAAAUUUAUCUUAAACAAACAAAAACUUUAUUGCUUUUCAUUUCUAUUCAUAUUAAUCACGCUUUAUGCUUACUAAAUAAAUAAAAAUAAAACUUAACAUAUUCAUUUUUUCUUCAAUAUUCAAACUCGAUUUACUUAGUCCCAGAUUGUUCUUGAGGGUGUGGGUGUGGGGUUGUGUUUGCUUCAAAUACUAAUGCUCAUAGCACAAUACCAUCACACACUCACACCUUUAGAAUAUUUCAUGUUGAAUAUCACAAAUUCGUAAAUUAUUAAGAGAAGAAAAACAAAUUUUUUUUUCUAGAUUAAUUUAUUUUAAAACUAGUAGAAGUACCCGCUGCAAAUUCUCUCUCACACAGUUCUCGCUGCAAAAUCCUUUUCUUACAGUUCCCGCUGCAAACUCUCUCUC